AUGGUGGUCGGACGCGGCGUCCUCCUUAAUCAGACAACCACAGUCAUACAACAAAUAACGGUCUCGGGUUCAAGUGGUAAGCCUCUGUUUUCAUUAGUUUCAGUGAAGAGAAGGGGUUAUAUCGAUCCAAAAGGUGUAACUCAUCUCCCUCAAGUCGUUGCCAUUGUACCAAGAAAAGGUCGUCUUUUCCGAAAUGCUACAUCUGGGACACAUUUCUAUAUCAACAAAGAGUCAAAGACCCCAGUUAUCAUACUAACGUCCCAUGCCUUUGACUAUUUAGAAUCAUCAGGAAGUGCAUCAAUAAGGAGCGCUCAAGGGGGGGAGGGUGUCCAGAAAUAUGAAAAUUUAACCACCGAUGAGCCUAAUGCAUUCAUAGCCACAGGUGCGCACUAUAACUCAUCCCUGCUUUGUAAGUCAUUUACAUCUCCCCUCUGGUAUUUUGUUAAUGUGCUGGGAGAUGAUAACCAUCCUCGUGAUUACAUGCUUGGAGCUGGAGUGGUUAAAAUUAACCCUACUGAUGGUUUUAUAAUUGGAUUCGUGAGAAAACAGCUGAGGGAUAAGGGAUAUGCCACUGGAAUGUUUGAUGGAAGUGCUGUCGAGCCUGCUCUUCCAUCUGUCUCAGGUGGAUUAAAACAACUGAGAAUGAACCAUUUAAAGGAGGAGAAGCAUGAGGGGAAGAAGCCAAGCAUUUCUCAAUGCCACUGCCUAAGCAUCUAA